CGUCAGCCGUGGGCGCCUCAGGAAACCUGACCAGCCGCAUGGCUGCGGGUGGUUUGGCUAUUCCGAGGCCCAAGGCGGCCUCUGAGGGGCCAGCCGGCGUCCUUCCUUACCUCGAAUUGCCAACCUAUCCCGCCGCGAGUGAACUGGUCAAUAACCCUUACUCCUGCCUGGUGGUCGGGCCGCACCGAAGGCACAUAGCGCUGUCGCCGCGCUAUCUCAACCGGAAACGCACCGGCAUUCGAGAGCAGCUGGACGCGGAGCUUCUGCGCUACUCCGAGAGCCUUUUAGGCGUUCCCAUUGCAUAUGAUAACAUCAAAGUAGUAGGUGAACUGGGAGACAUUUAUGAUGAUCAAGGACACAUUCAUCUUAACAUCGAAGCAGAUUUUGUUAUUUUUUGCCCCGAGCCUGGGCAAAAACUUCUGGGUACAGUUAACAAAGUGUCUUCCAGCCACAUUGGUUGUCUAGUACAUAGAUGUUUCAAUGCUUCCAUUCCCAAACCUGAGCAGAUGUCAGCUGAGCAAUGGCAGACAUUGGAGAUAAAUGUGGGUGAUGAACUAGAAUUUGAAGUAUUUCGUUUGGACUCAGAUGCUGCUGGAGUUUUCUGCAUUCGGGGAAAGCUGAAUAUUAAUAGUUUGCCAACCAAGUGCUCUGCAGUUUUAGAAGAAGUAAUUGAAACUGGCAUUGAAGAAGCUAUUAAAAAACCUCCAAAGAAGAAAAAGAAGAAGAAGGACUCAGAAAUAAAUGAAGUGGAAGAUGGUACUACAGAGCUAGCAGAUUUUACAGAUGGCACCCUGAAGGAAGAGCCAGACCUGCAGGGUAAUGACAGUGUCAGUGGCCUUUGGGAGAAAGAGCCAAAAAAGAAGAAAAAGAAGAAAAAGCACCAGGAAGAUCAGGAUCAGGAUCCUGUUUUCCAAGGCAGUGACUCUAGUGGCUAUCAGAGUGACCAUAAAAAGAAAAAAAAGAAGAGGAAACAUAGAGAAGAGGGUGAAUUUACCCCAGAUUUGGAGGAGCACACACCAAAAAAGAAAAGGAAAAAAUAGUUUUCAUUAGUGGAUUUUAAAUAUUGUUGAAUUUUUUUUGAAAGGUUGAUUUACACACAGUAGUAUGAGUAAAUAAAUUUUUUGAAUAGUAUGGAGUAUUUUUGUGUUCUAGUACUUUUCAAAACAAGAGACAUUUGAUUGGGAGUUGAAAUUUUGUUUCCAGAAUUAUAAAGCUGAUGAUUUAGAAAAUAGUAUCAGUACUGUUUUGUUGUAUGUAGAUGAAAAGUAAUGAAUUAUCCUGUUUCUUGACUUCUGUGUUCUCCCAGUAUUUACAGUCUAAAUAAAAUUAUUUUUAUUUUUAUAAUAUUGAGAA